GACAGCUGAAGACAUCCGUCAUUAGUCGUAAGUCCGAUGUCAAUAAGGCAGUAUUUUCGCUGAGAGCUCACAUUAAAAAAAGUACUUCAGCGGCAGUAUUUUCUGGUAUUAUUUCAACAUCUAUUUUGAAACAAUUGACCCAAGAUAAUGUUGUUAUUGAGAUUAUCGGUCAUUUCUUAAACGGGAAGACGGUUCAUUGAUGCGAAGAUCAGUCCACUGUUAGUGUGAAGUGACGAAGGCUAAAUCUGAAUUUUAAAAUGUCGGUGUGCAAAAAAGUAAUUAAUAACAAUAUCAACAAUGAGGCAAGCUAUGAAUUUAAGUUGUAUAAACAUUUGGGCAACACCUUACCUGUCAUAGAUUGCCUGGAUGAUUUAAUAAAAGAGCUUAAUCUGAUUUUUGAAAGUGAUACAGUGAAUAUUGAGUUGGUAAGCUACGUGAUGAAGUCGUACAAAUCUAACCCUCUGGACUGGAAGAAGUACGCCAAGUUUAGUAGGUAUAGAUAUGCCAGAAACUUAAUUGACGAGGGCAAUGGGAAGUACAACUUGAUGACGCUUUGUUGGGGUGAAGGUCACGGAUCAGCGAUUCAUGACCAUGCAAAUUCCCAUUGCUUCAUGAAGAUGCUUCAAGGGUCUUUAGAAGAAAUCAGAUUCGCGUGGCCAGAAAAACCGAAUGGAGAGUUGAAAGAAACAGAAAGAAACCGUCUGAACAUUAAUGAAGUAACAUACAUUAAUGAUUCUAUUGGUCUCCAUCGUGUUGAAAAUGUGUCCAGCAUUGAUACUGCCAUAAGUCUACACUUGUAUUGCCCUCCUUAUAAUCGAUGUUCAGUAUUUAAUCAAAACACGGGUCAAAAGUCGACUUGUAACGUAACAUUCUAUUCCAUCCAUGGUAAACGACUUAAAGAAAAUAAAGAGCUUCAAGAACCUGAAGAUAAUUAAUUUAUUUUGUACAUCUUUUCUUCCUCAUAUAUUUUUUAAUGUUUUGUGUAGUUUUUGUGCAAUAAUAACAUAUGCAAUCAUAGAUUAGGAACUAAUAUUUUUGUAUAAUUAAAUCGAAAUCUCAAUAAAUAAUAUUGUAGUACAUA